AUGUCAGAAACUGAGCUGGAAAAGACAAAAGCAAGAACAGCUGAGCAUUUUGAAAAUGAUAAAAAUAACAUCUCUUGGUUAAAGGAAGGAUUAUCCAGCUCAGUUCAAAAUCGUCUUGGAGACCCUGAUACGCAACUCACAAAUGAAAAGCACGCAGACGAGAAACCCAUUAAUGCUAUCAUUAUAAAUUCCGUAUCCGAAUUCAAUAUCACAGAUGGACCAGCCAAGGAAACCCCCAGUGAGAAAAAACUGUCAGAACCCAACACAUCACUGUCCUCCCUUGAAGAAUGCCAAACGAAAUUUUCCUACCUCCAAACUGAUACUUCAGUUCAUCCGAGAGACACUGAUGAGGAGUGUGCCUCCCUGGUUCUUGCCUGUCUGUUUGGCCAGUUCUGGGAUUGUCUCCUGAUGCUCCCCCACGCGUGUGAAACAGUGUGUACCAACUGGUGCUGCCCCUCUCACAGGUAUCACCACACCUCGGACGAAAGCCACUCUCGGAAUGAUUGCAACUGCAGCUGUGACGUGGACUGCAGCCUUUUUGAAUCCUGCCACGAGACCAGCGACUGUCUGGAGCUGGCCAUGGAGAUCUCAGAAAUCUGUUACCGCUAG